AUGGGAACAGAAAAUGCACCAUCGAAAGAGGCAUCGGAAAGUUCGAAGAAUUCCUCGCCCCGAAAAACCAUGGCAAAUUCUAUAAAAUCAAAUUCGCCCAGUGUGCACAAAAGCACGCAAGUUGAAAACACCAGGGAAAUAAUUUAUGAGGUGGAUAAAAAUGGUGUCCAGUCGAAUGGAUCGCCAAUAAUUAACAAGAAAUUAUCCAGGGCCAGCGUUUAUCCCUCGGGAACAAAUGUGACUGCACGGGAUGCUUUCGGUCCUAAGCUUACAGUACCAACGACACCAGAAGACACUCCACCGUUGCCAGAGACACCAAUUUCUGAAGAUAUACCGCGAAAUACUUUAUUGCAGAAGGAUUCGUCCUCAGAGGGGGAAGUGGAUCCUGAAACGCUCUACUUCCGAGAUGGUCGUAGACGCAUUGAUAUGAUGUUGGUGUACCAAGAAGAGAACAAUGGAGUAAUGACUGAAAUAGAAGCGCGUCGAAAAGAACAGAGACGUGUUUUCCAACAGAAUCUAUUAAAAGAGGGUUUGCAGUUGGAACUGGAACCAAAAGAGAACUCAUUCGAUGGGAAAACUUAUUUUUUAAAGUUGCACAUUCCAUGGAAGAUCAAAGUUCAAUACGCUGAAGUAAUGAACUUAAAAUUACCCACAAAAAGAUUCAUUACUAUUUCUGUCAAAGCUUGGCAAGGUAAUGAGGAUGUGGAAGAAAACUCGAAAUUUUGGGAGAAAUGGAUACAAUGGAUAAAAAAAGUACAUACUUGGGACACAAAGAAGUACCCGGAAGAACCUAGCUUUUAUGAUAGCAUUGACUCUGGUGAUCGAGAAGAAAGAUUUGUAGUAAAAGAUAGGGAUACAGCUUAUACACCAGCACAAAGAUCUUUGAUAGUAAUGCAGAUAUUAUUGAGGACACGGUACGAUGAAAAUCACGAAAAAGCAGGUAUCCGUAGACUUUUGACGGAUGGCACGUAUCUUGAUUGCUUUUCUUUGCAUGAAGGCCCUUACAAUAAGCCUGGACUCAAUGGCGAAAUUCUUGAUAGAUAUUUACUGUAUAAGAAACAACCUCUAUGGUUGAUCAGACGAUAUUUUGGUGAAAAGGUGGCUCUUUACUUCGCAUGGCUAGGGUUUUACACAAAAUGUCUGUAUGCUCCAGCAAUCGUUGGCCUUUUAUGUUUUAUGUACGGUGUAGGAAGUAUGGAUGGACCUGAUAACAUACCAAGCAAAGAAAUAUGUAAUUCUAAUGUAGCAGGAAAUAUUAUAUUAUGUCCUCUCUGCGACAAAGCAUGUAAUUAUCAAAAACUCGGCGAAUCCUGCAUAUUCUCAAAAUUAACUUACUUAUUCGAUAAUCCUGCCACUGUCUUCUUUGCCAUCUUCAUGUCUUUUUGGGCCACAACAUUUCUUGAGUUAUGGAAAAGAAGGCAAGCUGUAAUAAUUUGGGAAUGGGAUCUCCAAAACGUUGAAAGCGAUGAAGAACCUAGACCUGAAUUCGAGACCACAGUGAAAACAUUUCGAAUAAAUCCCGUGACCAGGGAAAGAGAGCCUUAUUUACCAGUAUGGUCUAAGGUCUUACGUUCUUGUGCCACGAGCUCUAUAGUAUUUUUUAUGAUAUGCGUAGUGCUGGGUGCUGUUCUGGCAACUAUUAUCUCUCGAAUAUCGUUGGUAGCCGUAUUUUAUGGUGGUGGGGGCCCAUUUUUAAAGAAACACGCAAAAAUCUUCACCUCCAUGACUGCCGCUUUAAUUAACUUGAUUAUCAUCAUGAUCCUUACACGAGUAUAUCAUCGUUUAGCACGAUGGAUGGUGAACAUGGAGAACCCUAGGACGCAGACCGAGUACGAAUCCAGUUUCACAUUCAAGAUAUUUCUCUUCGAGUUCGUCAAUUUUUAUUCAUCCCUUAUCUAUAUAGCAUUCUUUAAAGUUGGUAACAUACUAUUUGUUGCACAUAUGAAACGAAGCGAAUUUAUUGAGAAAGGCGGCUUACAGGGUAGAUUUUUUGUUCAUCCCGGAGACACAACUGCUCGAGCUACUGAAUUUUCUCGUAUAAAAACAGACGUUUGCGAUCCAGCUGGAUGCCUGUCAGAAGUUUGUAUACAGCUCGCUAUUAUAAUGGUGGGCAAGCAAUGCUUCAAUAAUUUUGUUGAGAUAUUGUCACCGAAAAUGUGGAAUUGGUGGCGCAAAAGAAACCAUGUUGCCGCUACAAAGGAUCACGGCAGACCGUAUACUUACUGGGAAAAGGAUUAUCAGUUGCAAGAUCCUGGAAGGCUUGCAUUGUUUGAUGAAUAUUUAGAAAUGAUUUUACAGUACGGAUUUGUGACUCUAUUCGUCGCCGCAUUUCCAUUAGCACCAUUGUUUGCGUUAUUAAACAAUAUAGCUGAAAUACGACUUGAUGCAUAUAAGAUGAUAAAGGAGGCAAGGAGGCCAUUAGCAGAGAGGGUGGAAGAUAUAGGAGCUUGGUAUGGUAUACUUCGUGGAGUAACUUACGUUGCUGUAGUAUCAAAUGCAUUUGUUAUCGCGUACACGUCAGAUUUUAUUCCACGUAGCGUUUAUGCUAUCGUUUACUCCGAAACGGAGGAUUUAGUGGGCUAUAUCGAUAGUUCUCUAUCAGAAUUCAAUACAUCAGAUUAUCGGGAAGACAUGAAGAGUGAUAUGGAUAAAAAUCAUCCGGAAACUUGUCAAUACAGAGGCUACAGAAAUGGACCGGACCACGUAAACGAUCCAUACGGACUCAGUCCGCAAUAUUGGCAUGUUUUCGCAGCCCGUUUAGCUUUUGUCGUCAUCUUUGAGCAUCUCGUUUUCGCCCUAACUGGCAUUAUGAGCUACGUGAUACCAGCUGUACCUCGUUCUUUGGCGACUCAGUUGCAACGGGAACGUUUAUUAGCUCAAGAGGCCAAGUACGAGAAAGGUAUAAAGAGCAGAGAAGACGAAGAUGAUAUUCUGUCAAUGCUUAGAGAAGCAGGUAGUAUUGGAGGGAGAGCUGCAGGAGGUGCCAGAGGUAGCUGGGCAAGACGCUUCAGUAAAUUGAGCGAUGGCUUAGAUGCCCACGUUGAUGUAGCUUCCAGACACAAUAGAAACAGUGAUGGUUCAACUAUGUGGGAAGUAACAUGAUUUCGAAGAGUGUCGAUCAUAUCUUUUCCUCGAGAGAUAUAUGAGCCGUUCAAAGACCAACUCCACUUUCUGAAUUUUUGAUCACUUACAAAGUUUGAUUACUUACUUAUUUCUGUAUUUAUGUAUCUGAAUAUAUUUGCAAAUCAAUUUCUUUAAUAAUUAGGUUUAAUACAAUUAAGUGAAAAUUUUUUUGACAGUGGAACAAUAAUUUAUUUCAGAAGCAUUUCAGAAUUACCAGACUGUGUUAGAUGAAAGCUACGUUUGUAUUCUCAAUAACAUCCUACAGUGUUAUUGAGAUUAAAUUUUAAAAGAAUUUUUAAAAAAUAAUAUACAGUAAUUUUGUCCAUUUCUCAAUUUUUUUGUUUUGUGGAGUUAAUCGAUUUGGCAAAUGAACGGUUCAAGAGAUAUUAUUAUUAUUAUUUAAGAAAAUUUUUUAAAUAUCU